CAAUCCCGUAGCGCCGCACCGGUGACGCGCGCGCUAGUCCGCUCUACUUGGAAUUGUCUGGACGGGGAGGAGUUCCACACUCCGCCUAAAGCUGGGAAGGUCGGCGAUGUGUCCCGCGGAGGCUAAACGGCAAACAUUGAACUAGACGCACGAGCUGGGUGCGUCUCCGCGGAGUUUCACUAUGAUGCGUUUUCUGUUGCUCUUCAGCCGUCAGGGGAAAUUGAGGCUACAGAAGUGGUUCCUGCCACUGCCUGAACGAGAGAAGAAGAAGAUUAUCCGAGACAUGGUUGCCAUGGUGCUGGCACGGAAACCACGCACAUGUAACUUCCUCCACUGGCGAGACCUGAAGAUCGUCUAUAAGAGGUAUGCAAGUCUGUACUUCUGCUGUGGUCUGGAGGAGCAGGACAACGAGCUACUGGCCCUUGAGGUUCUGCAUCGCUACGUUGAGCUGCUCGAUAAGUACUUUGGUAACGUGUGUGAACUGGACAUCAUCUUUAACUUUGAGAAGGCCUACUUCAUCCUGGAUGAGUUCCUGAUGGGUGGGGAGAUACAGGAGACGUCUAAACUGUCUAUUUCCAAGUCUAUUGAAGCUUCAGACAUGCUACAGGAGACAAUGGAGGAGUACAUGAGCAAACCAGCCUUUUAGUGGUGGAGGCGUCCAGGCCUCCGUAACCACCAGUAGACCUCUGCAACCGCGCUGCCUUCAUGGCUGUGGACCUGCCGCCAUCUGAACCUGGCUGAACUUUAGCAGAGGAGCUUACUGGACUGUCCAGUUCCUGUUGAAGAGGACUGCGUAUGAAGGAAAUCUGUGGGAAUCUUUUUGUUUGUAAUAAUAAGGGGGGGUGCCAACUUUUUCUGUACCACACAUUUUAAGCUGUUAAUCAAAGGGAUUUUUUAAGUCAUAUUUGUAUUUUACAUUGAGAAUGUGCACAAUGACUGUUGACCCUUGACAAGGUGACCUUUCUUUUUGGGGGGUGGGGGAUGUUUAUUGCUGUAAUUAGCUUGUGUGUGACUUAAAUGGGGCACGUUAGCGGGAGGAGAGCACAAAGAUGGGAGGGGCUUGAGUGGCACGUGACUGGGAAAUACUGUGCCCAUUAGCAAUAACGUCGCAGUGGUCAUUCUAUCGAUGUAAGACUCGAUGUUUUCACCAGAUUGGCAAGGCGAGAUCACCAUAUGUGCCAGUCUGUCGUCUCUGUGGACGCGCCAUACCCCACCAUUACAAUGCCUCGUGGAAUCUGUUAAAACCUUUAGACCCGACCAAUAUUUUGAUUUGCAAUGAUUCUGUUGACUCAUGAGUUGAAGUGCCUAAAGAGAGAUUUUAGAUCUUCAUUUAUUGAAUAUGCUGCAUGUCUCGUGAGAUCAAUUAAAUCCAUUUUUAAAAAUUGUAGGGAUUUUUAAUGCAUCCAGUUUAUCACUAAUGCUGAUUGUAGCAUAUUACAAAAGCUUCUCGAUUGAUAUUGACAUUAAAGUUGUAUUUUGAUAAAUUUA